UUAGGGUUUCCAAUGGGGGGUGCACAAUCGAUCCAUGCCCGACGGGAAGCCGAUCUUCAGAUCGCCAGGGGCAGCGAGGAAAUCAGCGCUCCAGCUGCCGAAUCCAUCACUCUUUGCUCGGUUGCCCCGGAAUCUGGUAGCUCUAGUGAGAGAUUUUUUUGGCUAGAAGAAGCCACAGAUCUCACCACUCGCCUCACCGACGAUUGCCUGGAGCUGGUGCUCGAGAAGCUGCCGCUCAAGGAUCGCAGGAGCUGCUCGCUGGUUUGCCAGAGAUGGUUUAGGGCAGAGGCGCAGUCGCGGCAGCUCCUUCUCCUCUCGGCUAACGCCAAUCUCUCGCCCAAUCUCCCAGAUCUGCUCCACCGCUUCAAGCACAUCACCAAGCUCGCCCUGAGAUGCGAUCGAAGCUCGGCCAGCAUCGACGAUGGCGGAUUGCUGCUGGUGGGGAGAUACGCGCCCCAGCUGGAGAGGCUCAAGCUCAAGGGCUGCAAGCAAAUCACCGACCAGGGGCUGGAGGAUUUCUCCAAGCUCUGCCCGUCGCUGCGCAAGCUCUCGUGCGGCUCUUGCGGAUUUGGGGCUCGCGGGCUCGACGCCAUCCUCGCCAACUGCGAGCUUCUCAAGGAUCUCUCGGUGAAGAGGCUCAAGAAUCUCUUCCAGGAGCCCGACGCAUCCGUGCGCGCCGGCGCUGGCAAGCUCCGCCGCCUCUGCCUCAAGGAUCUCGCCAACGCCCACGUCUUCCAGCCGCUCAUCGCCGGAUCCACGCAGCUCCACAGCCUCGUCCUCGCCAGGCUCUCGGGCGACUGGGACGAGCUCCUGGCCGCCAUUCCUCGCCGCCUCACGGAGCUGCGGAUGGAGAAGAUCCACGUAGGUGACGCUGGCCUGGCCGCCAUCUCCGCGGCAUGCAAAGCUCUCGAGGUUCUCUACGUGGUCAAGUGUCCCCAGUGCACUAACGCGGGGCUCUCGGCGCUGGCUCACGGCUGCCGGAGCCUCCGCAAGCUCCAUCUCGAUGGCUGCUUCGUGGGCCGGAUUGGCGACGAGGGGCUGGCGGCGAUCGGGCAGCGGUGCCCCGAGCUCCAGGAGCUGGUGUUGAUCCGGCUCAACGUGAGAUCCGCCAGCCUCGCGCUCGGGCUGGAGCGCCUGGCGAUUUGCAACAGCGAGAGCUUUGGCGACGCGGAGCUGUCGUGCGCGGUGCUUCGCUGCCGCGAGCUCAAGAAGCUGUGCAUCAAGAGCUGCCCGAUCUCCGACGUGGGGCUCGAGGCCAUCGCCGCCGGAUGCCCGAGUCUCGUCAAGGUGAAGAUCAAGAAGUGCCGCAGGGUGUCGGCUCCCGGGGCUUCGAUGCUCCAGAGCGCCCGCGAGGCGGUGGUGGUGGUGGUGGACUCGCCGGUGGCGGUGGCGGCGGGCAUGGAUUUGGAGAGGAGGCGAGGAGGUCCUCCAGCGCUGGCUGCUCGAGGUCCUGCUACAUCGUCUCAUGCCAAGACGAGGUUCUCGUUUCUUACUGGUCCCAGUAACUUUGUGGCUUGCACGCUGAGGAGGAUGGCCGCUCCCAGCUAGAUCCAAUACUAAAAUUCUUUGCUUGACAUUGUAGUUGUUUCUCUGCACGUACUCUUGGAUCCGGAUUCCUUCAUCGUCAUCGCAAGACCUGUUCGUUUGAUCGCAGUUAGCCACGCAAUGGCUUCAUGAGAAAAUCUCUUCAAACCUGUUUGAUGGAUUGGAAAUCUCUGUUUCUGUUUUAAUACUAUUCAGCUCUCUCUUCUUCUUC